AUGUGCCCUGAAACAUAUCGAGUUGUCAUUGACGAUGUUAUCUCGAGUGUCAAGGUGGAUUUCGAAGAGUAUGGAAUGGAAGAGGACGUCUUGCAGAAUCUCCAAGCCAAAUGGGAAGCCAAACUUCUAGAAACUCGUGUAGCGGAUUUCGCGCAAACAGGUGCCGACUCUCCCAACUUGCAACGCGCCAAAGCCGAACUCCACUCUCCACCCACAGGCCCAUCCCAUCACCAACCCGACAUGUAUCCCUUUUCUCGCCCAGGUGUACCGCAGCAAGGAGCAGGAGGGCCUGGGCCAAUGGCGAACAUCUAUAGAAAUGGAGGGGUUCAGCAGCAAGAGGUGAGGGUAAAGCCGGAGCCGAGGUAUGAUGGGGAGGAUGAUCCUUUACGGCUGAGAGGUGGCGCUGCCGAGGACGGGAAUAAACCAGAACCGAACGCAGCGGGUUUGCUGCCGGGUGACGACGUUAUAGAUUCAGACCUUGACGAUUCGGACGAUGAGAACAGGGGAGAUGCCGAGGCGGAGGAUGAGGAUGAUGUGGAUAUCGUGUUUUGCGUAUAUGACAAGGUGCAACGGGUUAAGAACAAGUGGAAGACGGUGUUCAAAGAUGGCAUGAUACAUCUGAAUGGCAAGGACUACCUGUUCGCCAAGUGUAAUGGCGAAUUCGAGUGGUAA